AUGUCGAGCGCAGAAAUCAAUCAAGUGCUCGCCAACUCGCUGUCGCCUGAUGCGGCACUGCGAAGUGCGGCCGAGCAGCAGCUCACCCAAGCUGCCGAGAGCAACUUUGUAAGUAACAAAUCCCCCAGCUACCCCUCAGCGCUUCUCUGCACGCCCGUCUCUGCCCAGUCACAUGCUCACCGCUCUCGACAGCCUCUCUACCUCGCGACUCUCGUGCAGGAACUCGCCAACGAACAAGCCCAGGGCUCCAUCCGAGCUGCCGCCGGUAUCGCCCUCAAGAACGCAUUCACAACCAGGGAUUUCGCCCGCCAUCAGGAGUUACAGGCCAAGUGGCUCCAGCAGACCGACAAUGACACCAAGAACCGCGUCAAGGAGUUGACCCUGCAGACCCUCGCAUCCUCCAACGCACAGGCUGGCAACGCCGCCGCCCAGGUCAUUUCUUCGAUUGCCGCCAUCGAGCUACCGCUAAACCAAUGGGCCGAGCUCAUGCCAGCCCUCGUCAAGAACAUCAGCGAAGGUGCCGACCAUCAAAAACAAGCCUCCCUCACCACCAUUGGUUACAUCUGCGAAAGCCAAGACCAAGACCUACGCCUAUCUCUCGGUCAGCACUCCAAUGCCAUUCUCACGGCCGUCGUACAGGGUGCCCGCAAGGAAGAGGCCAAUCCUGAGGUUCGACUCGCUGCCAUCACCGCCCUCAGCGACUCGCUCGAAUUCGUUCACAACAACUUCAAGCAUGAAGGCGAACGAAACUACAUCAUGCAGGUCGUCUGCGAGGCCACCCAGGCUUCCGACCCUCGCAUCCAGCAGGGCGCCUUUGGUUGUCUCAACAGAAUCAUGGCCCUCUACUACGAGAACAUGCGUUUCUACAUGGAAAAGGCCCUCUUUGGCCUCACCAUCCUCGGCAUGAAGUCGGACGAUGAAGACGUUGCCAAGUUAGCCGUCGAGUUCUGGAGCACUGUCUGUGAGGAGGAGAUUUCCAUCGAGGAUGACAAUGCUCAGGUCGAGACUUCCGACCAGGCUCGCCCAUUCUACAACUUCGCUCGCGUUGCCGCCCCAGAGGUCAUCCCUGUUCUCCUUCAGCUUUUGACAAAGCAAGACGAAGACGCCACCGACGACGAGUACAAUCUGUCCAGAGCCUCUUACCAAUGUCUGCAACUAUACUCUCAGGCUGUUCGUGCUACCAUCAUCGCCCCUGUUUUGCAGUUUGUCGAGACCAACCUCCGUGCCGACGACUGGCACAACCGUGAUGCUGCCGUCUCCGCCUUUGGUGCCAUCAUGGAGGGUCCUGACGAGAAGGUCCUCGACCCCAUCGUCAAGCAGGCCCUCCCUAUUCUCAUCACAAUGAUGGAUGACCAGUCCCUCCAGGUCCGGGACUCCACCGCAUAUGCUCUGGGACGUGUUACGGAAGCUUGCUCAGAGGCUAUUGACCCCCAGCAGCACCUGCCCACUCUCAUCGAGUCUCUGUUCAAGGGUCUGCUCAGCAACGCCAAGAUGGCCCCGUCUUGCUGCUGGGCUCUCAUGAACUUGGCUGAGCGUUUCGCCGGCGAUUUUGGUGUCUCUGCCAACCCCAUCACUCCUCACUUUAACAACGCCGUCAGUUCACUCCUUGACAUCACUGCGCGCACCGAUGCCGACACCUCUGUUCGCACUGCCGCUUAUGAAGUGCUCAAUGUUUUUGUCCAAAACUCUGCUACUGAGAGCAUGCAAUCCGUUGCUUCGCUCUCUGACGUCAUCAUCAAGCGCCUUGAGGAAACGGUUCCCCUUCAGCAGCAGGUUGUCAGCGUCGAGGAUAAGAUUACUCUGGAGGAGAUGCAAAAUAGCCUGUGUACUGUUCUCCAGGCCAUUGUUGGCCGUCUAGAGAAGGAAAUCGCUCCUCAGGGAGAUCGAAUCAUGCAGGUUCUGCUUCAGAUCCUCAGCACCGUUGGCGGCAAGUCCAGCGUCCCCGAGGCGGUUUUCGCCGUCAUCAGCGCUCUCUCAACUGCCAUUGAGGAGGACUUCCUCAAAUACAUGGAGGCUUUUGCUCCCUUCCUCUACAACGCCCUUGGCAACCAAGAAGAGGCGAGUCUCUGCUCCAUGGCUAUCGGCCUGGUUAGCGACAUUACCCGAUCCCUGGGCGAGCAGAGCCAGCCCUUCUGCGACAACUUUAUGAACUACCUCCUCAAUAAUUUGAGAAGCCAAACUCUCGGCAAUCAGUUCAAGCCCGCCAUCCUCCAGUGCUUUGGCGAUAUCGCUUCUGCCAUCACCGGCCACUUUGAGACGUACCUCUCUGUGGUUGCUCAGGUCCUCGAGCAGGCCGCCACCGUUACAGCUACUCCCGAUGGUCCCUACGAGAUGUUUGACUACGUCAUCUCUCUCCGUGAGGGUAUCACUGACGCUUGGGGCGGCAUCAUUGGUGCCAUGAAGUCGAGCAACAAGACGCAAGCCCUUCAACAAUACGUGCCCGCCAUCUUCCAGCUUCUUGGUGUAAUUGCUAGCGACUCUACCAAGAGCGAAGGUCUGCUGCGCUCUUGCAUGGGCGUUAUUGGCGAUCUUGCCGACGCCUACCCCAACGGCGAGCUGGUGGACGCUUUCCGCCAAAGCUGGCUCACCGGUAUGAUCAAGGAGACCAAGACCAACCGCGACUUUUCUGCCCGCACCAUUGAGACUGCUCGCUGGGCUCGUGAGCAAGUCAAGCGCCAGCUUGCUGGUGGUCAGAAUGCCAUGACCUCCUAA